AUGGAGCAAACAAUAUUAAUUCAGCAUUCAAAACGACGCACACUUGAAGAUCAGCUCACCCGUCUACUUAUUGCGAGCAGAAUAUCGAAUGUUGAGAAAGAUCUUGCUGAAUUAGUCUAUCAAGCUAUCUCCCAAGCUAAACGUCGUGAAUCGAGACGGCUGCAUGUUCCUGGACCUGAAGAGCAGGUCAAAGUAUUCAUUUGCGAUCUUCAGCCUUCAAGCGAACAACAACCUGUUCAAUCUCCUUUGUUACAGAAAGCAAUCAAGGAACGUGACGAAUCUAACCUGGAGAAAGCACGUCUCAGAGGUCAACUGGAAGAGAUUGAGAAAAAGAUUAGUGACGCCAUGGUAGCGCUUUCCAGCAAAGAAAUGAAGCAGGCGGAAAGCCUUUACCAUGAAGUUGUUGUAAACAAAAUUAUUACACAGGAAAUGAUUUCGGAUCUGGAAAAGUAUAUGCAGUGCCUCGAUAGCUCCAUCAUUCAGUUUCACAGUGACAAAAUGGUGGCAAUUAACCGGAUAUUGGAUGAGCUCUGGCGUAAAGUGUACGGUGGCACCGACAUUCAGUCUAUAAGCAUUAAGUCUGAAUGUGCCGCUAGCACGGAAAAAAGGAAGGUUUACGACUACCGAGUGGCGAUGGUGAUAAAAAAUGGGAUAGAAUUGGAUAUGAGGGAUCGUUGCAGUGCUGGGCAAAAAGUGCUAGCAUGCAUACUUAUUCGUAUUGCUUUGGCAGAUGUAUUCGGAGGAGCAUGCUCGAUAAUUGCCCUAGAUGAGCCGACUACAAAUCUUGACGCUUUGAAGGUAGAUCACAUUGCUGGGAUGCUGAACAAUCUGAUUGCUGUACGCAGAAGAGGCGAGCGUAACAAACAGUUCCAGAUGAUCGUCAUCACACACGAUGACCACUUAGUGGGAAAGUUGAUGAUCGGAUCGAAGCCUGACUUUAUAUACGUGCUUGGAAAGGAUAGCCACGGUGUAUCUCACAUCAGACGACAGUAUUCUGACGGGCCAUUUCGCAUUCUCUGCGAGGUGACCCGAGAUCUAAUAGUGAAAACUAACGUACAACCCACGGAGAAGCAAAUAGCUCGAUUCCUUUGGUUUCAGGGAAAAACAUCCGCGCAGAUACUGGAUCUGAACAUCUGCUUUUAG